GGUCAAUCCAAAUACUCUCUCUCUCUCUCUCUCUCUCUCUCUCUCUCUCUACAUGUGGAGUUAUUAAUUAUUGCCCUCGCUGGGCUAUGUAGCUGGUUGCAUUAAAGCCUCAAGCUUCCACUUUCAACUCCCAAAAAUGAAAAAAACCACAAUGUCAUCACCUCCAUUAAUCCUCACCUUCCUUUUCUUCUCUCUCUUAACUCCAUCUUAUUAUGCAGCUCUUCUGGCCCCCAUAACCAAAGACCACUCCACCCGCCAAUACACCCUCACAGUCUCCCUCAAAACCCCUCCCCGGCCCACAACCCUCCUCCUCGACCUGGGCGCCUCCUUCACCUGGGUCGACUGCACCCGCAACUACACCUCCACCACCUACCACCACAUCCCCUGCUCCGCCCCUCUCUGCACCUCCCUCCACUCCCUCUCCUGCUCCAACUGCUUCGAUCCGCCCGGACCCGGCUGCGCCAACGACUCCUGCUCCAUGUUCCCCGAAAACUCCGUCACCCGCACGGCCGUCAGCGCCGAAGCCCUCGUCGACUCCCUCUCCUUACCCGAAACCGACGGCCACAGCCCGGGUCGGCCCGUCACGUUGCCCGACUUCGUCUUCUCCUGCUCCAUUACCUCCUUGCUCCAGGGCCUGGCCAAGGGGGUUUCCGGCUUGGCGGGUCUCGGACGGUCCAAUAUAUCGCUCCCGGCGCAGGUUAGCGCAUUCUUCUCUGAACCUUACUUGUUUGCGCUGUGCCUUUCGGGGUCCCGCACGGCUUCUGGCGCGGCGUUCUUUAAUAGUGGUGGGCCUUACUUUUUUCUUCCCGGAAUUGACCUUGCGAAGACGCUUAUUUACACUCCGUUGAUUUUGAACCCAGUUGGGAGCACCGUAAUAACUUACUACCUACACCCGUCCGAUGAGUAUUUCAUCGGGGUCACGUCUAUAAAAGUCAACGGAAAAGAUGUGCCGUUUAAUAAGACAUUGCUGACCGUUGAUGAGAAUGGUUUUGGAGGGACCAAGAUCAGCACCGUUAUUCCGUACACAGUGGUCCAUACGUCGAUAUAUAAGGCCUUUACGGAUGCAUUUGUUAGGGAAUCUGCUGCGCUGAACCUCACCGUAACGGAAGCGGUGAAGCCGUUCAGUGUGUGUUAUUCUGCUAGGGAUGUUAUGAGCACGCGUGUGGGACCAGCUGUUCCGACCGUUGAUCUGGUGAUGCAGAGCGAUGAUGUGUUUUGGAGGGUGUUUGGCGCGAAUUCGAUGGCGAGGAUUGCGAGGAAGGAUGCGGAUGUGUGGUGUUUGGGGUUCGUGGAUGGCGGAGCCAACCCGAGGGCGUCGAUUGUGAUUGGUGGGAAUCAGAUGGAGGAUAAUCUGGUGCAGUUUGAUGUUGGGUUGAAGAGAUUGGGAUUUAGUUCUUCGGUUCUGGUUCAUGGUACCACGUGUGCUGACUUCAAUUUCACUAGCAACAACAAUAGUUGAUCCAAAAGAGAUGGAAAAAGGAGCGACAAAACAAUGGAAUGUUCCACAAUCGAGAUUGAGGAUUUGAUUCCCCAUUGCUACAACUUCUUCAAUUGUACUUUCUUCUGAAUUAUGAAAAACCACAAAGAAUAAUGCAGUUCUGUUGAUGAAUUUGUAACAGGGUUGAUCAAAAAAGUCCAUGCUAAAAUGAAAUGCUUUAAUGUUGCUCAA